CCUCCAGUAAUGUACCAAACGCUGGUGUGUAGACUGUACCGAGGGAAAGUAAGUAGCCGUACACGUCAUCCGCGCUCCCGUGGGAGGAGGGUUAGGAACCUGGAGCUCAACUAAUAACAGAUUAUCCUCCAUCCGUCGAUGCAGUGUGUGUGUUUGGUCCAUGAUCGUGUGUGUGAAGAAGAAGACGAAGAAAAGCUCCGCAGCAGCAGCGAGCCGCCGCCACAUCCUCCCCGCCUGAAGAAGAGCCGCGCCGGGCGAUGGAGCACCUCUGCGGCCCCGACAAACCCUUCUGGGAACUGAACCUGACGCUGUACGGGCAGCAGCCGGAUCUGCCAGAAUGUUUCCAGAUGUCAGUUUUAUCGUGGGCUCCGUGUAUUUACCUGUGGGCCGCAGCUCCUCUCUAUAUACUACACCUGAGGAGGAACAACCGCGGAUACAUCAUGAUGUCCAUUCUCAACAGAAUCAAGACGGUUCUGGGCCUGAUUCUGUGGAUCGUCUGCUGGACGGAUCUGUUUUCGGCGUUUCACCAGAUGAAUCAGGGUUCUAAAAUUUCUCCCAUAUAUUUCGUCACUCCUUUAAUAGUUGGCAUGACAAUGCUUUUAGCCACUUUCCUGAUCCAGUUUGAGCGUCUGAAAGGAGUGCAGUCGUCCGGUGUGCUCUUUAUUUUCUGGACACUUUCUGUUGUUUUCGCCAUUGUGCCGUUUCGCUCCAAAAUCAUGCAUGCAAACACAGAGCAGGUCAAAGACAAGCUGAGGUUCACCACGUUCUACAUUUACUUCAGUUUUACCCUGCUUGAACUCAUCCUGUCCUGCUUCAAUGAAAAGCCUCCUCUAUUCUCCAGCGCCGUCAUGGACCCUAACGUGUGUCCAGAAACCACCGCUGGAUUCCUCUCCAGAAUGACGUUUUGGUGGUUCACCAGAAUGGCCAUCAAAGGCUACAAAUCGCCGCUGGAGAAUAAAGACCUGUGGUCCCUGAACAAGAAUGACAGUUCAGAGCUGGUGGUUCCCGGUCUUCUCAAUCAGUGGGAGGUGGAGAAAUCCAAAGCUCACAGCAGCGAUGAUCAGAACGUCAAAGAGCAGGUCACGUUUACCAAACCCGGCUCAGGAGCUGAAAGCAACCAUGUGAAUGAGAGUCCUGAGGAGGCGGAGGUUCUGCUGUCCAAACAGCAGCAGAAGUCCCGGCAGCCUUCAUUUCUGUGGGCCCUGCUGAGAGCCUUCGGGCCCUACUUCCUCAUCGGCUCUGCUUUCAAACUCCUGCAGGAUCUCAUUACCUUCAUCAACCCUCAGCUGCUCAGGAUGUUGAUAGCGUUCACCAAGCAGUCGGACGUCCCGUCGUGGUGGGGUUACGCUCUGGCGUUUCUGAUGUUCGGCACGUCUCUCCUGCAGACGCUCAUUCUGCAUCAACACUUUCAGUACUGCUUCGUCACGGGCAUGAGGCUGCGCACAGGCAUCAUCGGAGCCAUUUACAGGAAGGCUCUGGUGAUCACGAAUGAGGCCAAGCGCUCCUCUACCGUGGGUGAGGUGGUCAAUCUGAUGUCUGUAGACGCGCAGCGCUUCAUGGAUCUCACCACCUUCCUCAACAUGCUGUGGUCGGCGCCGCUGCAGAUCUUCCUGGCGCUCUUCUUCCUCUGGCAGAAUCUGGGUCCGUCUGUUCUGGCCGGUGUGGCUGUGAUGGUGCUGCUGAUCCCCUUCAAUGCUUUCAUCGCCAUGAAGACCAGAACAUACCAGGUGGAGCAGAUGAAAUAUAAAGACGACCGCAUUAAACUGAUGAACGAGAUCCUGAAUGGCAUCAAGGUGUUGAAGCUGUACGCCUGGGAGCCGUCCUUCAGGGAUAAAAUCCUGCAGAUCCGGCAGAAGGAGCUGCACGUUUUGAGGAAAACUGCGUAUCUCAGUGCUCUGUCCACCAUGGCCUGGACCAGCGCUCCAUUCCUGGUGGCGUUGACCUCAUUCGCAGUGUUCGUGAAUGUGGAUGAGAAGAACGUGCUGGAUGCAGAAAAGGCCUUUGUGUCGCUGUCUCUGUUCAACAUCCUGAGGUUUCCAUUAAACAUGCUUCCUCAGGUCAUCAGCAGCAUCGUACAGGCCAGCGUGUCUCUGAAACGCCUGCAGGAUUUCCUGAAUCACGAUGAGCUGGAUCCUGAAAGUGUCGACAGGAAGAGCAACACAACAGAAUACGCUGUGUCUGUCGUCAAUGGGAAAUUCUCAUGGGCCAAACGUGAUCAAGUCAUUCUGGACAAUAUUAACGUGCUGGUGCCGCAGGGCUCUCUGCUGGCUGUGGUUGGUCAUGUGGGCUGUGGGAAAACCUCCCUGAUAUCUGCUCUGCUGGGGGAGAUGGAGAAGCUGGAUGGGCAGAUCUCCAUACGGGGCUCUGUGGCUUAUGUUCCUCAGCAGGCCUGGAUCCAGAACGCCACACUGAGAGACAACAUACUGUUCGGCCGGCCGUAUGUGGAGCAGAAAUACCGCUGCGUGCUUGAGGCCUGCGCCCUAACCCCUGACCUGGAAGUGCUUCCUGGAGGAGACCUGACUGAGAUCGGGGAGAAGGGCAUUAAUCUGUCUGGUGGUCAGCGUCAGCGUGUGAGUUUGGCCAGAGCUCUGUACAGUGAAGCAGACGUGUAUCUGCUGGAUGAUCCUCUGUCUGCUGUCGACGCUCAUGUGGCGAAACACAUCUUUGAUCAUGUCAUCGGUCCUGAAGGAGCGCUCAAGGGAAAGACGCGGAUCCUGGUAACUCACGGCAUCAGCUUCCUGCCGCAGGUCAACAACAUCCUGGUCCUGGUGGACGGACGCGUGUCGGAGAUGGGCUCCUAUCAGGAUCUGCUGAGACAGAACGGAGCGUUCGCAGAAUUCCUGAGAAACUACUCUCUCGAAGACAUCAUUGAAGACGACGAACUCACAGUGUCAUUUGAUGAGGAAGAAGAGGAGUUUCCUGAAGACGCUCUCAGCAAUCACACAGAUAUGGUGGAUAAUGAGCCUGUAGUGAAUGAGGCCCGCAGACAGUUCAUGAGGCAGAUGAGCAUCAUGUCUAAUGAUGUGGAGAACCCUAAGAAGAUGUCUCGCCGGCGCCGCUGUAGCGAGAGGAAACAUCCGGAAACACCGACCGAGAAGAAGGAGCCGAAGGUGGAGAAACUGAUCCAGGCGGAGACCACCGAGACGGGCAGAGUGAAGCUGCAGGUGUAUUGGGAGUAUGUGAAGGCGAUCGGGCCUCUGCUGGCGCUCUUCAUCUGUUUUCUGUACGGCUGUCAGAGCGCCGCCGCCAUCGGGGCAAACUUCUGGCUCAGCGAGUGGACGAACGACGCGCUGCACAACCGAACACAGGAGAUGCUGCAGACUAGAGUGGGGGUGUACGCUGCGCUGGGCAUCUCACAAGGUGUGCUGAUCCUCUCCAUCUGUCUGCUGUGUCGGGCGUACAGCACACUGCGGGCGGCGCGACACACACACCAGCACAUGCUGAAUUCUGUCCUGAGGGCUCCGCAGGCCUUCUUCGAGGCCACCCCCUCGGGACGCGUCCUCAACCGCUUCAGCAAGGACGUGGACACUAUAGACUCGCUCAUUCCAGACAAUAUCGAUAUCUGGAUGCGCACUUUCUGGUACACAGUGAAUGUGCUGAUGGUUUGCUCUGUCCUCACCCCAAUCUUCCUCAUAGUCAUAGUGCCGUUAAUGCUGUUCUAUUGGUGGGUCCAGAGGUUUUAUGUAGCCACAUCUCGUCAGUUGAAGAGACUGGAGUCUGUCAGUCGCUCUCCAAUAUACUCUCAUUUCUCUGAGUCCAUCACCGGCACCAGCGUGAUCCGAGCUUACGGACGGAACGCCGCGUUCGUGCUCAUGAGCGAUAAUAAAGUGGACGAAAACCAGAAGAGCUACUACCCUGGUAUUGUCUCCAACAGAUGGCUGGGCGUCCGCAUUGAGUUUAUCGGGAACUGUAUUGUGUUGUUCGCUGCUCUGUUCGCCGUCACAGGAAAAGACAAACUCAGCCCCGGGUUGGUGGGUCUGUCAGUAUCGUACGCCCUGCAGGUCACAAUGUCGCUGAACUGGAUGGUGCGGAUGACCUCUGACCUCGAGAGCAACAUCGUAGCGGUGGAGAGAGUGAAGGAGUAUUCAGAGACACAGACGGAGGCUCCAUGGGAGGUGCUGGAGAAGAAGCCUCCUCCAGACUGGCCUCCGCUGGGGAACGUGGAGUUUGUGGAUUACAGCGUCAGAUAUCGAGAAGGUCUGGAUCUGGUGCUGAAGAACAUCUCUCUGAAGGUCCGCGGAGGAGAAAAGAUCGGCAUUGUGGGCCGCACGGGCGCCGGGAAGUCCUCCAUGACUCUGUGUCUGUUUCGGCUCCUGGAAGCGGCGGCUGGAGAAAUCGUCAUCGAUGAUGUGAAGAUUUCAGAGAUCGGCCUGCAUGACCUGCGCUCCAAACUCACCAUCAUCCCUCAGGAGCCAGUUCUGUUCUCCGGGACGCUGCGCAUGAAUCUGGACCCCUUUGAGAGGUACAGUGAUGAAGAAGUGUGGAAAGCUCUGGAGCUCUCGCAUCUGCAGAAGUUCGUCACCAAUCAGGCUGCCAAACUGGAGCUGGAGUGCUCAGAAGGAGGAGAAAACCUCAGUGUGGGUCAGAGGCAGCUGGUGUGUUUGGCUCGUGCUCUGCUCAGGAAGACUCGUAUCCUGGUUCUGGAUGAAGCGACGGCUGCAGUGGAUCUGGAGACGGAUGAUCUGAUCCAGAGCACCAUCCGUACAGAGUUCCAGGACUGCACUGUGUUCACCAUCGCACACAGACUCAACACCAUCAUGGACUACACCAGAGUGCUGGUUCUGGAUAAGGGACAGAUCGCAGAGUUCGACACUCCCACUAACCUGAUGAAUCAGAAAGGCCUGUUUUUCGGCAUGGCCAAAGACGCGGGACUGGCCUGAGAACAGCCGGAGCGGAGCCGCAGUGCCUUCACAAUCACUCAGAGCCAGUCUGUGAUUAUACACCAGUGUUGGGGAAAGCUACAUUUCAAAGUAAUGCAUUACUACAUUGAGUUAGUCCACAAACAAGUCACUAGUUGUGUUACUUACAUUACUUGGUUAAAUUUAUGGUAAGUAAUGCAUUACAAUGGUGUAAUGCAUUAUAUUAAUAUUGAGUUACUCUCCAAAACAAGUUACUAGUUGCGUCAGUUAUUGUUUAUGAAAAGUAAUGCAUUUCAAUAUUGAGUUACUCCCCCAAAAGUAACUAAUUGGAUUACUUAAUUACUUUUUAUGGAAAUUGAUGUGUUACAAUAUUGAGUUACUCCCCAAACAAGUUACUAGUUGCAUUACUUAGUUACUUUUUAUAGAAAGUAAUGCGUUUCAAUAAUGAGUUACUUUUCAAGGAAAGUAACUAGUUACAUUACUUGUAACUACAUUAUGUUACAUUUAUGGUAAGUAAUGAGUUACAAUAUUGAGUUAUUCAUCAUAAUAAGUUUCUAGUUGAUUUACUUAGUUACUUUUUAUGGAAAGUAAUGCAUCACAAUAUUGAGUUACUCAACAAAAAGUAACUUGUUGGAUUUCUUAGUUACUUUUUAUGGAAAGUAAUGUGUGACAAUAUUGAGUUACUCCCUAAAAAACUAACUAGUUACAUACUUAGUUAAAUUUAUGGUAAGUAAUGCAUUACAAUGGUGUAAUGCAUUACAACUUUGCAGUACAAUAUUGAGUUACUCUCGAAAACAGGUUACUAGUUGCGUCAGUUACUAUUUAUGAAAAGUAAUGCGCUACAAUAUUGAGUUAAUCCCCAAAAAAGUAACUAGUUGCGUUACUUAGUUAUUUUUAUGGAAAGUAAUGCAUUUCAAUAUUGAGUUACUCCCCCAAAAGUAACUAGUUGGAUUACUUAAUUACUUUUUAUGGAAAUUAAUGUGUUACAAUAUUGAGUUACUCCCCAAACAAGUUACUAGUUGCAUUAUUUAGUUACUUUUUAUAGAAAGUAAUGCGUUUCAAUAAUGAGUUACUUUUCAAGGAAAGUAACUAGUUACAUUACUUAGUUACAUUUAUGGUAAGUAAUGAGUUACAAUAUUGAGUUACUCAUCAAAAUAAGUUUCUAGUUGCUUUACUUAGUUACAUUUUUAUGGAAAAUAAUGCAUUACAACAUUGAGUUACUCCACAAACGAGUUACUAGUAGGGUUAUUUAGUUACUUUUUAUGGAAAGUAAUCCAUGACAAAGAGUUACUCCUGCAAAAAAGUAACAAGUUGCAUUACUUAGCUACUUUUUAUGAAAAGUAAUGCGUUACAAUAUUGAGUUACUCCCCAAAAAAGUAACUAGUUACAUUACUUCGCUACAUUUAUGGCAAGUAAUGAGUUACAAUAUUGAGUUACUCAACAAAACAAGUUUGUAGUUGUGUUAUUUAGUUACUUUUUAUGAAAAGUAAUCCAGAACAAUAAUGAGUUUUUCUUUAUUUUUUUAAAGCUAAUUAAUUAAACUAAAAAGUAACUCACAUUACAUUUUUAAAAAGUAACUCAAAUAUUCUUACUUCCUUUUUAAAAGUAAUGCAUUACUUUAUUUGUGACUUAGAAAAGUCAUAUCAUUAUGUAACUCACAUUUCAUGUAAUGCAUUACCCCCAACACUGGCUAUGACUACAGUGCCACUGUUCCUGGAUCAGUCUAUUUUUGUACUGUAUUAUUUAAGUCACUUUUUGAAGUUGUUCAAUAGGGAAGAUUUUCUGUGUGAUUCCUUUUGUAAACCAAAUCUGUAAAAAAAACUUGAAUUCUCUUGCCAGAAUUGGAGUAUUGUUGCAUUUAUUAAAAAAAUAAGGUAAUA